AAGAAAGACAUUUCUUUUUAUAGAUAAAAUAAUAAUCGUGCACUAAGCUUUGAAUGUAAAAGGUCGUGUUUGGGAUAUCGAUCAAACUUUAGAAAGCAAACCAAUACAGUCGGUCGACGACAACUUAAAAUAUUAAUUCAUAAGAUCAGUUGUAUUUAGAUUUUAAUCAUGGAAAAUUUGCGAAGGGAAUUAAUAAGUAGUAUAAUGAUCGCGUGUCAAGAACGCGAGGUAGACGUGACUGAAGAUUUUAUUUCCUUUUUGCUCACUUUGUUUCAAUUAAAUCCUAUAUAUGAAAUUAAGGUAGACGACGAAGAAAAUAAUGAAAAAAUUAUUCAAGCGAUAGUUGAAAAAAUAUGCGAUCAAGAAAGACCGAGUUUAACGAUAUUAAAAAGUCAAUUAUAUUUUGCGAAGCACUAUCACGAUAGAGACGAGACUGUUAAGCGCCAUAGGUUGCGAUUACAUCAAAAAACUGGACCAUUAGUGGCGGAAAUUUGUCAGACAGAGAAACUUGCGAAUAAACAGGAGUCAGAAAAGUUGUACCAUAAGAUGUUGGUGGUUAUUACUUUCUUAAGUGGUCUUGGAAAUCCUACUGUAUCUUCUGUGCUCAAGGAAGUAUCGGUGGCACUGCAAAGCGUUUUUCAACCUUCGGAAUUAGAACAAUAUGUAAAGAUGUCUAAACGUGAGAAGGAAGAACAGCUAAUGGAAUUAAUGUGCAUAGUUGCAGGAAUACGUUUAUUUAAUAGAGAUAACCAACGCGGAGGCGAAGGCAUCGACGAUUUGCCAGCUAUUUUGCAAAAAGCUACUAAAAAAACGCGCGACUGUAUCAUGGAAUUUUUGGAACGUCUAAUGACAAAAAUAUAUAAAUUUACUGCAGCCAUCGAAAAAAUAUGUCUCAUUAGAAAAUUAAUACCACUUGGCGUUUAUACAAUUGAGAAUGUAAACUGGGCAACCGAAAUGUUAACUGCAUGUCGGCAACAAGAAAUUUACGUCAGGAAACUGUUAAGCGAUGUAGAGCGAAGCGAAAAAGAGAUACAAAAUUAUAUGGAACGUCUCCAAGGACGUCUGUUUAAGCUUCACGAUACCGUGAGAUAUAGGACUGCUAUUCCUACUGUUCAAGUAUAUCCACAAUUUAUCGACUUAGCAGAUAUAUGGAUGGGACUUCAAGAUGAGGUGAUUAUAUUAAGUGGCAUAAAUAACUUUUUCUGGGAACUUCAAACUCUGAGUGCAAAGACCGUGAAUGCAUACAACGAGCCGCUAUUGACCGAUAUGCUGUCUAACGAAGAAGUCCUCACAGAUGCUGAAAGACUAGAGCAAUCAAUGGGUGAACCAAUAAGGGAAUGCGGCGAGUGCACUAUCUAUCACCCUAAUGAAACUAAGGAUUUUGAAAAUAUAAAUUUAGAGUUUCUAGGAUUUUGCGCGUGGAAGUUCGUUAGUGAACACGGAGCAUUGAUCCCGGGAAAUCCGAAUAACGGUAUUGUUAAAUGGAGAGGAAAAUAUUACGUAUUUUGCUCGAUUUUAGCAGCCCAACAAUUCGGACAAGAUCCUGAUAGGUACAUUUAUGAGGCUCUUGAUUACAUACGCAAUCACGUUGAAUAUGUGUAUUUGUUUCAAGUACACGAUGAUGUUCGAGCUCUACAAACACAAGAAGUGUUGUCGGAAGAAGGACCUCAAUUAAAAACUUGUCAACAUCAAAUGGUUCAAACAGAUUUGCAUAUACUUCCACCUUCCAUUGACAAAAAUUAUUCUUCGAAUCUUUGGGAACUAAGAAACAGAGCAUUGCACUUAGCAACUAUAAGCCGAUGCACAACACGCAGUACGCAAACAUAUAAAUCCAACUUCCGAUACGGUAUUUACGUACAAGUAGCUCCGCCCCGAAAUAAAGAAGUUCAAACGAGGAGAGAUAAUUAUAUGAACACAAAGAAACUCUUAACUUAUAUCUUUGGCUUGCGGGGGAGGCGCGAUGAUAAUCAACACGUACUAUCUUUCUUAGAAGACGAACUCGAACAUUUAUAGAUAUGUAUUCAAUUUUACAUUAGUUUAAAGGACGAAUUGGAUAGGAUUGUUCGAGGACAUCUACGAUAGAAUGAAGCUACAAAGGGCACUCUAAAAAAAAAUGAAAGCAAUAUCUUUUAAUGAUGUUUUCAAAUACAUUCACGAAAUAUCAGGGCAUAACCUGUACUUUUCUUCAUUUAAAAAACAAACUGAUAUUAUAACUUGUUAUUCUGUGUACACGUUCAUCUUUAUCUUCACUGUAGUGUUUUCAUUAUCAAUUGUUUGCAAUGAUUUCUUUGUGGCUUCCAUUAAUUUAGGCCAGCAUUCAUUAAUUUAUAUUCAAAAUACACAAAUUUUUCCAUACAAC